GACGCCGUACAGUACUAACGGCUCCAGACGACUCUCUAACAGCCUACUGCACAUCACCAGCUCCAGACAGCGCCCCCGGUGGGCCUUUAGGGUACUGCAUCAGGAGAGGCGGACACCGAAAAGCACGUCGUUUCACGCGCUACUAGUGAACGCCGCGCGAGGGUCCAAAAGGCAGCAUCGCUCCAUCCAGAGUAUCGAGGGGGGAAAUAACGGACAGCUCGAUCUCCCCACGAUCCGACCGGGCGUGACGGCAUCACCUCAUCGGCGAGCAGCAGCGCGCGCCAGGAGCCCGCAGCAGCUCGAGGAGAAGAGAGGCGCGAGGAGGGGCGGCGACGAGAGACACCGAGAAAUAAACAACCGCGGACGGCGAGGCGCGAGCGUUCUGUGGAAGACCCCCGCGGUGUGGACAGCGAACGGGACCUUCUACUGAUAUGGCUGAGGUGUCACAAGAGGAGAGAAUCCAGGCCAUCUCUGAGAAGAGGAAGAAGCAGACAGAGAUUGAAAACAAGAGGAGGCAGCUCGAUGACGACCGACGGCAGCUCCAACAUCUCAAGUCCAAGGCGCUGCGGGAACGCUGGCUUCUGGACGGCGCCCCAGAGGAGGACGAGACUCUGACCCGCCUCCAGGAGGACGAGGUGAAGACCAAGCUGCUGGAGCAGGUCAUCCUCAGGCUAGAGCAGGAAAUUGAGGAGCUGGAGACGGGCGAACCAGCCGAACAGGGCGCGGUCCUAGAGAACGGAGAGACCGGGGUAGUGCAGGGCCAGACCCCGAGGAAAGAGGCGCCCGCCGGCAUGGAGGCCAAGCUGCUGGGGCCCAGCCCCGACCAGGCCAGCGCCGACAACCCGGUCACGCUGGUGUUCAUGGGCUACAAGACGGUGGAGGAGGAGCCAGAGAGCCGCGUGGGGCUGGGCCCCGCGGGGGGGGACGGCAACGUCAAGGCCGAGUUCGUGGUCAUCGAGGACGGGGAGGGCAAGGCGGCGGCGGCGGCCGAGGGCGCCGCGGGGGAGCAGGCCCCGCCCAACGGCAGCAUGGCGGAGCAGGAGAAGGCAAACGGAGGAGGAGGCACAGGGGAGGACGGGGAGAAGGAGAAGAAACAGUCCUGCAAAUGCUGCACGGUCAUGUGAGUCUUCACUGGUGCGUGUCUGUGUGCGUGCGUGUGUGCGUGUGUGUGUGUGUGUGUGUGUGUGUGCGUGUGUGUAUGUGUGAGAGAGAAGGAGAGAAAGUGCACACCCUACGCAUGAGUGGGUACGGGAACAGCUGUGGGUUUCAGUACUCGCACGUGAGUGUGUGCAUGUGUGUGUGUUUGUGUGUGCAUGUGUGAGUGUGUGUGUGUGUGUGUGUUUGUGCGUGUCCCCGUGUGUGCUCACGUGUCUCCGUGGGAGUGUGCAUAUCAGGACUGGGCAAAAGAAAGAAACAUAAGAACAGAAUACAAGUUCUCAGCCAAGACAACGAUAAACAACAAUAACAGGAGCCAACAUGGCGUCACGCAGAUCCACAACACAAUGACUCAUGUUGUUCUGUAUACGACACUUCUGUACACGCUCUGAUUUUGCUUUCUGUUUGAUUUCUAUUGAUAUUUUUCUAUUUUUCUUGUCUUGACAUUUAUAUUGUAUUCGGUAUGUAUAUCUUUAUUAUGGAACUGUGUACUGUAAGUUCAUUGUUAUUAUUGUCAAAAAAAAGAUGGCAGAGCUGAAGCUCUCUUGAUUGUACCACGACUGAAGGGGACUCCUGGAAACUGAAAUCAUUGUAAUUAACCACGCAAAAAAAUAACGACAGAGAACCCAAAUAUAUAUAUACAUCUCUGUGUCGGAAUACCAACUAUAUAUCGGUCAAUUUCAUAUCGCGAUAUUGUCUAAGAUAUUAUUUUAAAUUGUAUUUUAAUAUAUUGAUAUCAAAUUAUGUUUUAUACAAUGUGUUUGUUGUUUUCAGUUCUCUAUAUAUCGACUCAAACCAUUGUGUGCAUGUAAGCUUUCAAUCACUACCAGGCAAACGCGAAGGAAAGAAAUGUCUGCGCUUUCCUCGAAACAUACAAGCUCAUCUCUAGUCAUGUAAAGUCUUUAUAUCGGUAAUAUUAGACAUAAUCGGGAUUGUGUUUAACACAUUUUUUUAAAUUGUAGUAGCACAGACACUGAGUAAUAUUCAGAAUCGAUUGCAUCGUUUCCUCACAGACGCGACCACAACCCUUUCAGAUAGCGUAGAUAUUCCCCAUCACGGCUUCUUAAAGCCAAACGUCUCUCAAUCGAGGUUUAGACGGCAGUUGCUAUAAUGAUUCAACAGACUCUCCUCUUCCAGCGGUGAUGUCCGUGUUUUUAAUGGUGUGAUGAGGUAGCAACACAGCUGUCAGCCUUCACUGAUUAUCUGUCUGUUCAUUAUGGGAUGUAAAACAUGUGGCAUGGUGACAAGAAUGUAACUCCAGGGGUCGGACUAAGGGCUUACAAGGCUGCGGAAAAAAAUAUAAGUGUGGAGGACGGCACUUGAACCAGAGCCGCGAAAAUGUUAUUUUUCGGUGGUUGUAAAUCACAACUAAAUGUUUACUUUUCACUUCAAUCUCUUUUUUCUCUCCUUGCACACUUGUACUUUCACAACCUCACUGACUUCAAUGGAGAUCUUACUGAUUGAAAGAAAUGAUAUCAAAGCAUCUUAUUAGGCCCACUGAUUCUUUAGCCCAGAGUCUUUACAGAGUGGUCGUUGUAUCAAGAUGACCCAACCCCCGAGUUACCAGCCAUCCAUUUAACCCUCUGACACUAUCUAAGCGUUUGGUUGGUUCAAUACAAGAGUACCUUUAAUAAUUAAGGUAAAUUUUCAAGAUUUUUUCAAGCACAUUUCUGCUUCAGUCUGUGGAGCAGCUCCUGGGCGGGAAGGUUGUUCUUCAGGCUUGUCUGUGUCUCUGUCUUCGUGUUCUCCACAUUAUCUGUUUCCACUAGCUUCAAAGAUUCAUCCGCACAAUCUUAAUACAAUGCAUCAUCAUACUUGUGCUUGCUGAGAAACCACUGAGGUUGGUGCUGCGGUUACGUCUAUUCAAGCUCUAUACAGCCCUACUCGCUUGGCCUACUGGAAGGAGUGCUGGCGGUGUUGGAGGGAGGAAUGAUGGGGACUAUGGGAAAUGUAGUUCACCCGGACCCUAUUGGACUCUACCCAACCACUGCUGUUCAUCAAGAGAGGUGUUUUUUUGCAUCGGCCAUUGCCGUGUGCAUUCUCCAGAGUUCUUCCAGCAGUGGUGGUCCCUUCUAAACAUUCCCAGGGGGGGUCCCAUGGCUGGACGCAGUGUGUCCUGUGUUCAUGUAUACAGACCCGCUGCAGAUGUACUUGGAUUUUCUUUUCUUAAUGCCUCUUUGAGGGGACAGUGUAUUGUAUUUGAUGUGCGUAUUAAAAAAAGAAAAAAGAAAAGAAAAAGAUGACUACAUCAGUGUAUUGUUUGUGCCUUUGUCAGGUUUAGUUGGUUGGAGUUGUAUGUUUUCCAUCCAUUCUAAACUAGGGUUGGUCUGCCAUGUUCCUGUACGCUAGAGCUCACAGAUGCCUGCUAUGCCCAAGGAUCACCGCACCAAAUGACAACACAUUCUGUGCCGCCCCUUUAAUUAUACUGAAGCACCAGUUAAAAGCCUGCAAAUUAACCAAAUGGUCCUCCUGACUAAUAAAGAUGUCAAAUGUCAGCUCACCCAUUUAAAUAGGGGCCAAAUCUUCAUGAACAGCGAAUGGAUUGUUAUGAGUCCUAAACUCAAAUCUUUUCCAUGUUUCUGCGCAUGACUGACAUUUAAAAAAACAAACUCAUACAUGUAUGCAAAUAUAGACAUAUCUUCCUGCUGCCAGUCCCCAGUGCAUCAGGAACUGCAGACAGCCCUGAGCCACGCCAAUGCCUGUUCAUCAAUUAUGUGGUCAUCUCAAUGUUCAAUCUUGAAUAAAAAAACGCUGUUUGUUUACAUCAUGUUCAACAAUCGUCUGUACUUAACCCACUCAACCCACUGCUCACAUCCUAAGCGUCUUAGAGUACCAUAUUAAGCGCUAUAUAAAUUUAAUUUAUUAUUAUUAUUAUUAUCCUCCAAUGAGAAUGGCAUGGAAUUGAAUUUGUAAGAAAUGUGUGCGCACACGGAGUCCCUCAUCUAGAGGGUACUAAAGGGGGCUUUGCUACUAAGGAUCUGCUGAUGUUAACGCAGGUAGAAUCGGACAGUAGUGCUGAUAUGGCUGCAGUAGGCCUACCACCAAGAAAUGAGGAAGAAAACAUUAUAAAUAUUGCAUAUAUAACAACACAGCCACUGAGUUGGUCGGAUACAAUAGAAAUUAGAUAUUGGCUAGAAACAGAAAUACAAAAUGUAACAAUGACGCUUCCACAUAGAGCAACUGUACGUAUGAACAUUACUUAUGUUAUGAACAGAAAAGAUUGGAUAGCAUUGAGGUAGGUUUAGUGCUAUGGUGAAUAUUAUUUAUAGGUGCAGUAGCCCAAUAAUUCCACUAGAUGAUGCAGUUGCCUGAUAAUUCCAGCUCUCCUUGUUGCACGUUCACUCAAGCCGCAGAACUGAACACUCUUCACACUGAAUGAAAGAAUCGGAUGUCAUCCUUCUGCUGUCUGCAGAACAGCAGUUGCUGAGUGGAAAAUGUACAGCAUACUUCACAGUUGACAGAUUCCUACAAGAAAUGUGGGUUCAGAAUCAUAAUUGAGACUGUAGAAAUUGUCGAUAGAUAGAUAUCAAAUAAAAAGCGACUCAAAAAUGCAUAAAACACAAAAGCAAGGCAGAAUAUAGAAAGUGGUAUGUUUAGGAACUGCUGUCAAUACUAAUGUACUGAGCUUUCAGACGAGCUUCCUGGAUGCUAACCAGAGACACCAUCGAAUUAACUAGAGAAGAGUAUUGUUCCAGUUCACUGGUCAGGGAAUGUGUUGUUUGCUGGUCGGCAGAUCUUUGGGUCAUGCCCUAAAUGAGUUUUAUAUGUAGGCCUACACUGCACUCAAGGCUUAUAUCGGUCAAGUGUAAACAUAUAAAAAACGACGAUUAAGUUUGUUGCAAGGGUAGAGUGCAAAGAUGCUGGCAUAAAUAAGGAAUGAUUAACAGGUUGCUAUAGC